AUGAAUUGGUGGCUGGCAUUUGCAUGGACGCUAUUCAUCGAUGUACUCUUUCAGCGAUGUUAUAUACAGGUUAUGCGUGAUUUACCAAAAAGUUUCACCUAUGGUGAAGCUUCCAUAUUGACACAGGGUAUCUUUCUAUUUGUCAUGAAUACUCUGAUAAUGGGUUAUCAUUUAGUGCUGCACGAGCCAGCUAAGGAAAGUAUGAAUGAAAUGCAAACUUUGGGAACUAUUAUGAUGUUUGCCUUACUUUGGCUUUUGUUGGUGUGCAGCUCACUGUUAGCUUGUCAAUUUCUGCGUAAACCAUUUAUAUUCUAUCCCAUUAUGAUGACAUUUGUGGCUGCAGCCACAUUGGCACCAGUCACAAAACCCCUACCAGUUAUUGCUGUAUUUGAAUUUAUUUUUAGGGAUCAAAUGAGGCUCUACAUUAUUUUAUUUUAUGUGGCCCUGGUUAUUGCCACAGUGGCUGUGGUCUGCUGGCAACUUCGUAACGCUCAACAUGCAACGACUAGUGUACGAAAACUGUUUCACAUUUUUAUGGUACUUGUCUAUAUACCGGGCCUACUAUAUGAAUGUGCCUUUCUAUAUAUUGCCUCCGGUGUGGCCAUGGCAUUAAUAACAAUUUUCGAUUUACUCCGAAUACUGAAAAUGCCACCUUUGGGAGAAAUUUUAGAAAAAGCUUUUCAUUCGUUUGCAGAUGAAAAAGAUGCUGGUAUUAUAGCAUUUACACCGAUGUGUUUAUUAAUCGGUUGUUCUCUACCCCUUUGGAUAAUGCCCUGCCCCUGUAAUACCAAUGAACAUGGACUGAAUGUUAAAUUGUUACCCCUACUCUCGGGUAUCUUGACAAUUGGUUUUGGUGAUACAGCAGCCAGUGUUAUUGGUUCGAAAUAUGGUCGUCAUAAAUGGAGAAAUAGUUCCCGUUCCAUUGAGGGUACCGUUGCCUUUACCCUUUAUGUCCUGCUACCCAUUAUUAUUUUCAAUUUAAUGGAAUUUGUGCAAUUGAAUGCAUUGCAAUGGCUUAUCAUUAUUGUGGCCACAUUAAUUUCAGCUCUUGUAGAAGCCCGUACUGAUCAAAUAGAUAAUUUAGUAUUACCCUUAGUUUUUUAUAUAAUUAUAAGUUUAUGUUAGCGUAAUUUGUCAU